AUGGAUAAAAAGCGUGAGCGUGCAAGCAAUUUUGAUAAAGCCGAAACGCGAUUAUUGACGGAAAUGGUUACCAAAUAUAAGUAUAUAAUCGAAAACAAAAAAACGGACGCCGUGACCAAUAAAGAUAAGGAGGCUGCCUGGGGCAAAAUAGCUUCUUCUUUUAAUGCAACGACUAGUGGUACCGCGACACGUAGCUCUAAAACAUUAAAAUUAAAAUAUGAAGCUAUCAAAAAGGCCACGAAGAAGAAGAUGUUCUGUCACAGGCAGGAACUUUAUCGCACAGGUGGCGGGCCAUCUUAUGCUCCUGAUUUCGACGACGUGGAAGAGAAAGUGCUGGCUUUAUGUUCCAACAUUACAGGAUUGGAAGCACGCAAUGAUAGUGAUAACAUUUCAGAUGUAAUUCAACCUGCAUCUGUCCCUCUGAAAAUUAAUUUGUCUCAGGAUGACCUUAAUUUAAAAUUUAAAACAAUUCAAGAUAAUGACAUACAGAUUGUGAUGUUGAAUCAAGAAACUGAUGAAAAGGACUUGAAUGAAAGCGCCAGUCAAAAUGCAGGACCAACAAUUAUUGGCACUGAGAAUGGUGAAGAUUCUUAUAACAAAUGGGCCACAUGGAACCCAAGAGCAUUGAAAACUAAAAUUAACCCGGUUUUAAAACCAACUAAGGCCAGUGUUACUGCAAAAAUAGAUGAACUAAGUGCUGCAAGACUAGAACUUGUGCAGAGGCUUCUUCAUUCUCAAGGCAAAGACUUGCGCCGAGCCCUUUUCGCUGUCAAGCAAAUGUUGCAGUCGGAUAAGGAUUUAGUUCACGAAUUCGUAGCUAACAAUGGUCUUGAUUGUCUCAUGCAAGUCAGCGCGAAGGAUCAAACCUACCUCGAUUAUGUUUUACGAGCUCUGGGACAAAUCCUUAUAUACGUAGAUGGAAUGCACGGAGUAAUGAAACAUAAAGGCUGCAUACAGUGGCAAUAUUCACUUAUCUCCAGCUACUACCGCCACGUAGUCAAUACUACCCUCAAACUUCUAUCUAUUUUCGUCGAAUAUACUGAAGGGAACAGCCUCCUCCUAAUCGAUGCCAUGAAUGUAGUAGAAAAAGCCAACGGCCGACCGCCGUGGUACAGCGUCGUUAAAAUACUUCAAGACUUCGACGCGUCAGACACCGAGCUACUCAUAUGCGCCACUAGCCUAAUAAAUUUAUGCUUAAUUAAUAUUCCGGAUAAAAAUAUUUAUUACGAUCAAGUAGACGCUCUGCAUGAUCAGGGGAUUGAUGAGAUCAUUCAGUUUUACAUGUCGAGGCAGGGGACUGAUUUGGAUCUUUUGAGACAGUUGCACAUCUUCGACGCCGUUUUGAUGUAUGAAGAUGGCGAUGACAGCGGCAAUGCAAUGAAACAAUUAGACGACUCAAUAAUGAAAUCGAUAAGGAGACGAAACGUGAACUUAGCCAACGGCGAUGGCCGAAAAUCUAAAAAAUAUCAAAUGAAAGAAAAAGCGAAGCAAGCUAUUAUAUCUGGUGUGGAGGCUGAACACAAGGUGCAUGCGCCACGAUCGUCCAUUUCGCCAUCACUCUACGACCAAGAUCGAAAGGAACUUAAUACUGCUCUAAGAAAGCGACGAGACAGGUGCGCCAGGCAGGCACACCACAUCAUUCAGCAGCAGGAACUGCUGAACAAUUCGAGCGAAAUCUACAAUGGAAUUAAGAAGAAAGAUUCUGUGAAUUGCGAGCGAGAGUCAAACGGCGAUAGUACGUACAAAAAUGGAAAAUCUCUGAGCGGCUACCCUUGCGGUGUUAACGGACAUCAAGAGGAGAAAGGAUUCAUCUCAACGAAACUCACUAAUUUGCCGGAUGUUUUAAUUAACGGAAACCAAAGAUAUACCUCCGGUUUGAAACAGAGAAUACAAAAUGGAACUUUGGGCCAUAGCGUAAGUGCAUGCGAUGCAUUGGCCGCUAUACGUCAUAAGCAACUGGAACCUGAAAAGGAUGAUAGAGGAAUCUUAUUAAACAGAGAACAUAGUAUAAAAGAUUUAGCUCAAAGAUUAACUAGUCCUAUAAAUCAAGUACCGGAGGAAAAACCUUUACGCGUAUCCGAUAUGGCGGGUAUCGUCUCGAAAGCUAAAGAGGAACUUGCAAAAUCUCAAUCCAAAGAAAUAAUUAAAAGCCCAACAAUUGAGAAGUGUCCAAAGCUGGUUGAUAUUAAAGUAUCAGAAAAUGAACUCCACUGGGAAGAGUUAAAGAAGGGAUGCCUUAAUCGCGAAUUCCAGUUGUGUGAUCUAGACUUUUCAGAUCUCAGACAGGACUCAGAUGAUGAUACGAUGUCCCAAACUGUAAAUGCUAGCAAUGGAGCACCCCCUCCACCGCCAUCAAUGCUUCCAUCGUUGGGCUUUCCCCCCCCAGUCCCAGGAUCCAUUUUCUCAAGCCCAAAAUCGUCUGUAGGGGUGCCAUCACAGAUAUUAUCAUCCAAAGAGUCUGAUACUUCCACUAUAAAGAAAAAUAAGAAAACAGUAAAAUUGUUCUGGAGGGAAAUACAAGAGAAUCCACCACCUGUACCUAAAGUUGGUGGAUUUAUUUGGGACGAUUUGCCCGAAGUUGACUUAGAUACUGCUAUGUUAGAACAUUUGUUUGAAUCUAGAACGAACGAUUUAAUUAUAAAGAAAUUAAUGGAACCAAAGAGGAACCUAAUAUUAGAUGCAAAGCGAUCAAAUGCAAUUAAUAUUGCCAUGAAAAAGCUGCCCACACCACAGACAAUAAAAGCCGCCAUUUUAAAAAUGGACGCAACUGUCAUAGGUCGGGAAGGAAUAGAAAAACUAAUAACAAUGCUGCCAACCGAAGAAGAAAAAGUUAAAAUUCAAGAAGCUCAGUACGCCAAUCCAGAUUUACCCCUUGGAAGUGCAGAACAAUUUCUACUUACACUUGCCUCAAUUAAUGAAUUGUCAUCAAGGCUUAAGUUAUGGGUUUUUAAACUUGACUUUGACAAUUUAGAGAAAGAAAUUGCAGAACCCCUGAUGGACCUUAAGCAAGGCAUAGAGUUACUAAAAGCCAACAGAACGUUCAAAGUAAUCCUUUCAACACUAAGGUCGGUUGGAAGCUUCCUAAACGGUAGCCAGGUUAAGGGAUUCCGGCUGGAAUACUUGUCCAAGGUCAUGGAAGUCAAAGACACCGUCCACAAACACCCAUUGUUAUACCACAUUUGCGAAAUGAUCAAGGAAAAGUUUGAUGACACCACAGAUUUUUUUAGUGAGGUGGGUCCUGUAAUACGCGCAUCUAAAGUGGACUUCGACGUUCUAAGUCACAACCUUCUCAAAUUGGAGGCGGACUGCAAAGCGUCAUGGGAUCAUAUGAAAAAGGUUGCAAAACACGACGGUUCACAGAUAUAUAAGACAAAAAUUAAUGAUUUCAUCACGGAUGCUGCUGAACGAAUCAUCUUAUUAACCAUCAUUAAAAAGCGUGUCAUGAAUAGAUAUAAUAAGUUCCUAUUGUAUCUUGGAGUGCCCACAACUGAUAUUCCAAAAACAAGACCAUCAGACUUCUUAAAAGUAAUCGCAGAGUUCGCACUAGAAUACCGCACUACUCGAGAAAGGGUGCUGCAACAAAUUCAAAAGAGGGCAAAUCAUAGAGAGAGAAAUAAGACAAGAGGCAAAAUGAUUAUAGAUAUUGGAAAGUACUCCAGCACGGGCGGGGACCAUACAGCGGAUAACGCUCUAAAGGAACUUCUCAAAACAGAUGCGGACAUAGACAUUUUAACUGAGAGGCGUCGUAAAUCACACAAGCUGAACAAUAAAAAAAUAUUUGUAAACGGUGAUGCGACAGCUGAUGAAGAAAUAAUCGAAACACUAAUACGGUCAGCGGCGAUGAAAAGGACAUCCGCUCCUCGAGAUCGGCGUAGGAAUAGGAUAAGCGACUCCAAAAAUUUGAACAGAACUCUGGAAACAAAUCGUUGCCUGACAAACGCAGUGAUGGAUCAGAGAUGA